UUUAGCUGCACACACCGAUGGAAACGGCUGCUCCCACCUCCUGCACCUCUGACUGAAACUUUUCCCACUCCUUCACCUCACUAGUAGUAACAGGACCUCCUCAGGAAUAGCUCACUUGCGUUGAAGACAGAAGAGCUCAGCUGAGAGGAAGCGCUCAUUCACUGUUCUGCUCAUUUCUUUCGUUGUUCUUCCCAAAUUAAAAUCGUCAUGUCUUGCGGUGAUACGUCGGAUCAGAGUCGGCGGUUCUGCGUUUUGUCUUGGGAUCAGGUGCACCGCUUGGACUCGAUCCUGGGGGAGGCGGUCCCCAUCCACGGCCGAGGAAACUUCCCCACUCUGUCCGUGCAGCCACGGGAGAUUGUCCAGGUGGUGCGGGCGAGGCUGGAAGAGAGGGGUGUGUGCGUUAAAGACGUGAGGCUGAACGGAUCAGCUGCCAGUUAUGUGCUCCACCAGGACACUGGACUGGGCUACAAGGACCUCGACCUGAUCUUCGGGGUGUCUCUGAAAGACGAUCACGCCUUCCGUCUGGUAAAGGACGUCGUGCUGGACUGCCUGUUUGACUUCUUGCCAGCCGGAGUCUCCAAGGAGCGCAUCACGGCACUGACCCUCAAAGAGGCCUAUGUACAGAAACUGGUGAAAGUCUGUAAUGACACGGACCGCUGGAGCCUCAUCUCGCUGUCCAACAACACGGGCAAGAAUGUGGAGCUAAAAUUUGUGGACUCUUUACGGCGGCAGUUUGAAUUCAGCGUGGACUCCUUCCAGAUUUGCCUCGACUCUCUGCUGUUGUUUGACCGCUGCUCAGAGACGCCCAUGUCUGAGAGCUUUCACCCCACUGUGAUCGGCGAGAGCGUGUAUGGGGACUUCGAGGAGGCCAUGGACCACCUGUGUCAGAGGACCAUAGCUACACGCAGCCCGGAAGAAAUCCGAGGGGGCGGCUUAUUGAAGUACUGCCACCUGCUGGUGCGAGGGUUCACGGCCUCUUCGGAGAAGGACAUGAAGCACAUGCAGCGCUACAUGUGCUCGCGCUUCUUCAUUGACUUCUCUGACAUAGGAGAACAGCAGAGGAAACUGGAGGCCUACCUGCAAAACCACUUUGCUGGGAUGGAGCACAAACGGUACGAGUGCCUGAUGACUCUUCACCACGUAGUGAACGAGAGCACCGUGUGUCUGAUGGGCCACGAGCGGCGCCAAACGCUCAGCCUCAUCUCCAUGCUGGCGCUGAAGGUGCUGGCUGAGCAGAACGCCAUCCCCACUGUAACGAAUGUGACGUGUUACUACCAGCCAGCCCCGUACGUGCAGGACAUCAACUUCAGUAAUUACUACAUUGCACAUGUGCAGCCGCCACAGCUCUCGCCGUGCAGUAACUUAUAUCGGACAUGGCUGCCCUGUAGCUGAAGUGGCUGGAGGUGGACUGAAAAAAGAGAGGGGGGAAAAAAAAUACAAAUAAAUGAAACUCAUUCAUGCCAAAUGUGACUUGACUAAAACAAUCCUGUACUGCUGGUCAUUUCUGAGAUGUAGCGAUGAUGAUAUCUUCAUUAAGUAUUAAAGUCUUUCUGAAGCUUUAUAUAUGUCAAAAAUACAUUUUUGAGGAAACAAACAUUGAAGCUGGCGUUAUUGUCAAAGUCUGGCUUUAUUUUUUAUUUUUUUUUUUUGAAUUACAUACUGGACCAAAGAUGUAUUUGUUGUUCAGAAAGGGAAUGUUGUUAUGAUUCCAAGUGCCUAAAAUUAACCAUAAAAUGUUCUGAAAAACAUCUGUAAAGUGAAAACUGUGCAUUCAGUGUUUUCUAGAGUACUCUGUCUCUCUUUUCAGGAACAGAAGCAUUCAUUUUUGUGACAUUAAAAAAGGGAAAAACUA